AGCAGUCGCCAGCCCUGCCUGCACAGUGAUCCCAGAGGCGCCCGCGCCUCGGUUGUACGGCGGGGUCCAUGCCAAGAUGGCCGCGCCCACAAGCAAUCUCCGCAGGGCUGCGCCAUCGAAGCCCCGGGACCCUCUGAAGCGGUGCCCGGGGUGGCCGCCAUAUCGGCCUCUGACUCCAUCAAGGACCUGACAAAGCCAGAGGCGGUGGGCCGGAGGAGUGCGGACAAAGCCAGGCGUCCGAAGGAGAUGGCUACACCCGAGCCUGCGGACAGCGAUGCGGUGAGGGCGAAGGAAUGGGAGCAGCUGGAACCUGUUCAGAGAAACUUGUACAAGGAUACGAAGCUAGAGAAUUGCAGCAAUCCAGCCUCAAUGGGAGAUCAAGAUCCUAAACAAGACGUAGUCUCCAAACUGGAGGGAGAAGAAGAGCCAGCAUCGGGAAAGGUGAAAAAGACCAGCCCAAGUAGUCUGAACAAACUAGCAAGGCCCAAGAAAACAGGAGCCAGUGCAAAAGUCCAACAAGAUGAUGAGCAGAGAGAGGAAAAACAGAAGUCCCAAAGCAAACUCAGUAAGGAAGUGACAUUCAGGAAGAAAAGUUCAAACAGUAAGAAAAGCAGUGAGUAUGCUUUGUUGGAGAAAAAAGGUGUCCGUUCAAAACACAUUCCUUCUGAAAAAAGAUUGCAUAAAUCCAAUUCACAUGGGAAGAACUUGAAUCAGAAUUUAGACUUACCCGGUCAGAUUAAAAACUCUACGAAAAAGAAACCCGAUACAGCUAACGAACACAGGAAAUCACUCAGCCAUUCUGCAUCUGAUGUGAACAAAGAUGAAAUUUCAACUAGAAAGAAAUGUGACAAGUUAUCCAGCAAUAAGUUGUCUGAUAAAGGUGACAAAAACCAAGCCAGCAAGAAAUGUGAGAAAGUAUGCCAUCAUAGUGCAUCCCAUACCAAGGAAGACAAAAUUCAGACCGGAGAGAAACGGAAAUCACCCCGCCGUAGUCCGUCUAAGUCCGACAAAGCCCCAGGCUCUGGGAAACCUUAUGAAUGUAAUCAGUGUGGGAAGGUCCUCAGCCAUAAACAGGGACUCCUUGACCAUCAAAGAACUCACACCGGGGAGAAACCAUAUGAAUGUAACGAAUGUGGGAUAGCUUUCAGUCAGAAGUCCCACCUUGUUGUACACCAGAGAACUCACACUGGGGAAAAACCAUACGAGUGUGCACAGUGUGGCAAAGCACACGGUCAUAAACACGCCCUCACUGACCAUCUCAGAAUCCACACUGGAGAAAAGCCCUACAAAUGUAAUGAAUGUGGCAAAACCUUUAGACACAGCUCAAACCUUAUGCAACACAUAAGAUCUCACACAGGCGAGAAGCCGUAUGAGUGUAAGGAAUGUGGCAAAUCCUUUAGAUAUAACUCAUCUCUUACUGAGCAUGUGAGAACACACACAGGUGAAAUACCGUAUGAAUGUAACGAAUGUGGCAAAGCUUUCAAGUACGGCUCAUCCCUGACUAAACACAUUCGAAUCCAUACAGGGGAGAGGCCAUUUGAAUGUAGCGAAUGUGGGAAAACUUUCAGCAAAAAGUCACACCUAGUUAUACAUCAAAGAACUCAUACAAAGGAGAAACCUUAUAAAUGUGACGAGUGUGGGAAAGCCUUUGGACAUAGCUCAUCUCUUACCUACCAUAUGAGAACUCACACAGGGGAUUGCCCCUUUGAAUGUAAUCAGUGUGGUAAGGCCUUUAAGCAAAUUGAAGGCCUUACCCAACACCAGAGAGUUCAUACAGGGGAGAAACCCUAUGAGUGUGUUGAAUGUGGGAAAGCCUUUAGUCAGAAGGCACACCUUAUUGUGCAUCAGAGAACUCAUACAGGGGAGAAACCCUUUGAAUGUUAUGAGUGUGGGAAAGCCUUCAAUGCAAAAUCACAACUUGUUAUUCAUCAGAGGUUGCACACUGGAGAGAAACCCUAUGAAUGUACUGAAUGUGGUAAAGCCUUCAAACAAAAUGCUUCUCUUACCAAACAUAUGAAAAUUCACUCAGAGGAACACUCUCCGGAGGAAGAUUAAUGUGGGAAACCUGAUAGCUGACUGGUUCGGUAUUGUUUAACCUUAAAGAUGUUCUCAAUUUGAUGAUAUUAGAAAAUCCCUUUUUAAAAAAAAAUCAUUCCUUGUGAUACUUGAGAGAAUUUGAAUAUGGCUCUUUACAUAAGAUGGUAAUAAAAUUUAAACUUGAUCCUAAACCUUUACUGAAAAAUACUGUAUUUUUACACUUGUUAUAGUCUCCAUAUUUAGAUGAAAAUACGAAUCUUCUAAAAUAGUCAAGGAGAUAAGAGAUAUCAUAAUCAGUAAAAUGCUGGUUAAGCAAGUAUAAAGAUCUGAAUUCCUUCGCUAGGACCCAUGUAAAAAGCUAGAUAACAUGGCAUGUUUUUGCAAUCUUACAAUUGGGAAAGUUGAGACAGGAGAGUCCCUGAGAACACCUGGCUAACCAGACUCACUUAAUUUGCAAGUCCUAGGUGACAAGGAAAAAAAAAGCUUUUAAAAACAGGGUACAGGGCUCCUGAGAAACUAUUCAAGGUUGACACAUGUAUACACACACAUGCACGCGCAUAUACAUUUGUAUAAUGCUAAUGCUAAUUAGAGCAACAAACAGUAAAAUAUGACAAUUCACGAACUUCUUAUGUGUGUGCUUAGGUAAUCUGCACAGUUAGUAUUUAAUUUGCAUUUAUGCUUACUGCAUACUUACUCCCUUGUGUAAAAUACAGGUGAGGGUCAGGGUCUCCUCUGGUAUCAUCUAGCUUUCUUUGUUAACGUCUCUGUUAGCUUCUGAGUUAGUAGAAAACUUUGGGGAGUUAUUUUGUUUUGUUUUGCUUUGUUUUGUUUGAGACAGUAUCUCACCAUGUAGUACUGGAUAGCCUGGAACUUGUGUAGAUCAGGCUGGCCUUGAACUUGUUAAAUAGACCAGGCUGGCCUUGAACUUAAAGAGAUGUGCCUGUGUCUGCCUCCCAAGUGCUAGAAUUAAAGGCUUCAAUAGAAAACUUUAAGGUGUUUUGUCUAGAUACUGUUAAUAAGAGGGUAAUAAAAAGUGGAAAACAGCUGAAAAUGUGUUGGUAGUAAGUGAUACUUGUUACAUUGUUAAGGACAGAAAAUAGAUUGUUGAAUAAUGUAUAUAGUAUGUUCUCAUUGUGGACAGAGUGUGUAUGUGUUUCUCUGCCUUUUUAUGCCUUUGUGUACAUAUAUAUGUACUUAUACUCAUAUAUUUGUAUAUAAAUAGACAUGGUUUUUUUAACCUAGAAGAAAAUUAAUAGUAGCUACCACUAAACACAGGAGUGCAGCAUUGAGGUCUGACAUGUUUAUCAUGUACAUGUGUCUAAUUCAAAUAUAUAUUAUAUUAAAAUACUUUCAUAUGCACAAAUUAACACAGUUUAAAAAUAUAGCUGAGUAUAUUCCACAGUGUUAUUUGACAAAGUGACAUAAGAUUUCUAUGCUCAUUUAUGAACAAUGAAUUUGAAGCAUAUGGCAUUAAACCUAUAGAACACAGAUUUCUGUUAAUGUGACUCAUAACUGUAACAGUGCUUUAUUUCUCUUGUUCACUAAUAAAAACUAAAAAUGAAUGAA